UUAACCCUUUCCAACCGGCUCUAACCGAGCGUGAGCAUCGAGAAAAAAAAAUCCUGGCGCUAAAAUAUUACGUUUUUGUGAACGACACCGGCAUCGCUCGAUCGUGCGGCUACCUAGCGUCAAUUAAAUGCCUACCGAAACAAGUUGCGACCGGACAGUGGUGAGCUAGUCAGAGUCGAAGAUGGCUGCGUAUUUUGGGUGCGGAGGUCGGUCACGUACAGUUCUUCGUGAUGAAGAUAUCCUCAAUAUAUUACAAGACGGAAAUGAGUCCGAUAUUGAUGAACUGAAUGAUGAUGUCUUUGAUCCAAAUAUUUUUGGAGACAUCUUGGAUAACCAAAGUCAGGAUUCUUUGGAAGAGCUUAAUAAUGAUCCAAGCUCUAGUUAUUCCAUCUUUCAGCAGCCACCAGCAAGUCAGCAAUCUUCAUCAUCAUCCCAGACUACACCAACUGUACCUCGUCCAGAAGCAAUAGUGUCAUCGGGACGGUCUGGAAUAUGGAGGCAAGUACCAUUCUGUGAUAAAUCUCACGAGUACUCACAGCCACCUUCUGGUCCUGUUCAAUUGCCACAACAUUAUUUUGAGAAUUAUUUUAAUCAUGACUUUUUUGAAAUGGCAUCUACAUGCACAAAUCAAUAUUAUAUGCGCAAAACAGGACAAGAACUUAAAACUAAUGCUCAAGAAAUAGCUAGUCUGUUGGGUAUACAUCUCAUUAUGGGAGUUAUACCAUAUCCCCGUUUACCCAUGUAUUGGAAACUCAACGUCAGAUUGCCACUGAUCGCAGACAGUAUGAGUAGAGAUCGUUUCUUGCAGCUUCGUAAUGCCUUGCAUGUUGUUGAUACUGACACUCCACCACCGCUAAAAGAAAACGAACUGCCUAACCCGCUCUGGAAAGUACAACCCGUCAUUGAUUGUAUUCUACGUGCAUGUUACAAGCUUGAAAGGGUGCCUGGCUUUUAUAGUAUAGAUGAGCAGAUGAUCCCUUUCACUGGACGUUGUCCUGUAAGGCAAGUUGUGAAGAAUAAACCCAGACCCGUGGGAUUGAAAAAUUUUGUAGCAACUACAAGUGAAGGUCUCAUGGUUGACUUUGAAAUAUACAGAGGUGCCAAAACAAUGUUUGGCAAUACCAACCUGGGUCUAGGUCCCUCUGUAGUUCUUCAUUUGGCUAAAACAAUACCACCAGGAAGCUGUAUUUAUCAUGACAGAUUUUUUACAACUGUUCCUUUGAUUGAAGAAUUGGAACGUAAUAAUUUGCACGGUACUGGUACCAUAAUGUUGAAUCGUAUUCCAGGGCGAACUUCAAUCAAAUUUAUGAAGGAUAAAGAUAUGACUCGUGGAGAAAGCCAGCUGUUUUGCAGAGAUCCGGUAGCAUUAGUAAAAUGGAAAGAUAACAAAUCUGUCCUUUUAGUGUCGAAUUGUACUGGAAACGAACAUGUUGAAAUAGUAAAAAGAUGGGACAAACAAACUAGAUCUUAUAUCGAUGUCACUGCUCCUAAGAUUGUGACAAACUACAAUAGUUAUAUGGGGGGUGUAGAUAUUCUGGACCAAAUGAUGGAAUAUUACCGAACAUUUAUUAAAACUAAUAAAUGGACGCUAAAAGUAAUUAUACACUUUUUGGAUUUGGCGGUAGUAAAUUCGUGGCGUCAAUAUAAAAUUGAUUGUGAAGCUGCAAAUUUACCUAAAAAAAAGAUAAUGGAUCUUUUAGAUUUCAAAAUGGCUUUAGCUGAUUCUUUACUUCUAACACCAAUAAAUAGGCGACGACACAAUGACGCUGAAAACGACGAGGAUCUGGCUGAAGACCAACCGCCUGUAAAAAGGAAGUAUAUGCCUUCAAAGCCAUCUGAAGCAAAACGCUAUGAUGGCUAUGAUCAUUUACCGAUGUUUGAUGAUAUUCGGGCCCCACGGACCUGUCGAAUGGAAAACUGUGUGUCACGAAGUAAAAUACGCUGUGUUAAAUGUGAUGUUUACCUCUGCCUCUCAAGAGGUAAAGAUUGUUUUAAGAAUUACCAUUUAAAAAAUUAAUAAUUAAACUUAAUAAAUAAUUAAGCUCAAAGUAUUAUGAGACAAUACGCUUUAAUAUGAU